GAGGGGGAGAGAGAGAGAGACAAAAAUACCUGAUCAAUCAAGAAAAAAAAAAGAAAAAAAAAAGAAAAAGAAAAAGAAAGAAAAAAAUAAAUAAAGGUGGUGGUGAUCUGGGCCGGCGCCGAGAUAUUCAACUAGUGGGCAAGAAUCAAAGUUUCACUUCCAAAUCUCCAACCCCACAUGCAUCAAAUUCCAAUUUGUGGCACCAAACACUUCUCAACAUCCUCUGUUUCAACACAUUUUGUUUCUAGCCCCUCCCUCUCUCUCUCUCUCUCUCUCCCUCAUCAUGCCCCACCAACAUUUUAUCUUAGUCGUCAAUCACUGUUUAUUCUUAUUGCUAGCAACUCCAACCACACAAUUAAGAAAUUAAAGAAAUUUUGUCUAAGAAUUCAUCUUCUGCGUUAGUGGGAUUUGCUUCAUUUUGAUUUAGUGUGUGUGUUGAGGGAUUUAAAUGUUUGUUGUUUGGACGGAGAAAUGAAGUAUGCGGACGCUUUGUGAUGUUUGUGAGGGCGCUGCUGCUGUGCUUUUCUGUGCCGCUGAUGAGGCUGCUCUUUGUCGGGCCUGCGAUGAUAAGGUUCACAUGUGCAACAAACUUGCUAGUAGGCAUGUAAGAGUUGGUCUAGCUAGUCCCAGUGACGUUCCACGUUGCGACAUAUGUGAAAAUGCUCCUGCCUUCUUUUACUGUGAAGUGGAUGGCAGCUCCCUCUGUUUGCAGUGUGACAUGAUUGUGCACGUUGGUCGUAAAAGAACACAUAGGAGAUUCCUCUUGCUCAGACAGAGAGUUGAGUUUCCGGGAGAUAAGCCUGGUCUGACUGGGGAGCCCGUUUCACAAGGCAUGGCUUCAGCUGAGAACAAGAGAGAGAACAGCCACUUGGGGAGAUUAAUGGACGAAGACGAUCAGCAGAAUCAUGCAGAUUUAGAUGCAGGUGCUGAUAGAGAUGCUAAGAUUGGUGCAGGAAUGAUUGAUUUGAAUAUGCAGCCUCAUCGUCUCCAUGGCCACGCUGAAAACAAUCAGGCAUUGUAGCUAGGGACUUGCGUGGGAUGCUAUAAUGGCUCGUCGUUUUGCAUGGUUUUGCUUUUGGAUCACGUCUCAACUAUGGGAAGAUGAAGAUCACGUCUCAACUAUGGGAAGAUGAAGAUGCAGCAUUCUUUCUCUGAAUAGGUUUGUGGAGCAUGAUAUAUCUUUGAGUAGUGAGGGUAGUUGUAUAGCUAGUGGGAUGUGGUCGAGCAACGGGCUGCUGAAGCUUCUGUUGUCGACUGCAACGUGCAUACGCAUAGAACUAGCUGCAUUGGAGUGGUGUUUUUGCAACCUUAAAACAUGUGUGGGAACUGCUGUGGAGAGCUGCUGUUUAAGAACUAGUUUGAUCCAUGUGUUUUUUGGCAUGAGAAUUGUGUUUUUGAUCCUUUCAUGCUCUCUCCCCUCAGGAGAAGAAUUUGAUUGCUGGUGUUGUGUUUUGAGUUAGUUUGUUUCUCCAAUGGCAUUUACUAGUCCUUUAAUGAAAAUUUGCAUAUAUGAUUCAA